CUCCAAGGUCCUUGCCAGAUUGCCUGGUCCUAGCCGGUCUGCGUCCCUAGGGACCGCUCAGGAGGGCAUCCGAAUAGCAGCCCACAGGUCCUGGCUCCCCAGGAGAAAGAGUGAUCAAGUGAAGGAAUGAGGGGAGAAAGAGGAGAUUCUUGGAGUUGGAGAUCAUCAUUUCUGAGGACAUCUUUAACUGGACACCAAGAUUUCUGUCUCUAAGAAUUACAUGGCAGAUGCAGAAGAAACAAAAGACAGAAUCCAUGUUACUCACUAUUUCUUGAGCAUAGAAGAAGAUGAUCAAGGUCCAGGAAUUGCUGACACUGGAGGAUGUGGCUGUGGAGUUCAACUGGGAGGAGUGGCAGCUCCUGGAUGCUGCCCAGAAAGACCUAUACCGGGAUGUGAUGUUGGAGAACUUUAACAAUUUGGUGUCACUGGGGUAUCAAGCUACCAAACCAGAUACACUCUCUAAGUUGGAACAUGGAAAAGAACCAUGCAUAAUAGAAAACAAAAUCCAGAAUAGAACCCGUCCAGGAAUCGGGAAAGUUGACAGUCCUCUGCCGGAGCACUCUCAAGACCAAAGAUUUCCAAAGAGCCUGCCACAAUGCAGUGAACAGAACGCAUUCAGAAAGAGUGUUCAUCUGAGCAAAACACGUUUAGCCCUAACACAAAAUCAUACGUUUGACUUACGUAAAAAAACUUGGAAAUCAAGCUUAAGUUUAGUUAACCAGAAGACAAGAUAUGAAAUAAAGAACGCUGUGGAGUUUAAUGGAGAUAAGAAAUUCUUUCUACAUGGUGAUCGUGAACAGUUGUAUUCUGGAAUUGAAUUUCCUGAAAGUAUAAAACACAUCAUUGCUAAGUUCCAAGUCCUUAAGCAUCAGAGGACGCACAAAAUAGAGAAAUCCCAGGCCUGCAUUGAAAGUGAGAAAACAUGCAUCAGGAAAUCUCAGCUUAUUUCUCAUGAGAGCAUUCAUAUAGGAGACAAACUCCAUCAGUGUGAUCUGUGUGAGAAAUCCUUCUCCAGAAAUGUCACGUUCACUAAACAUCAGAAAACUCAAACACGAGACAAACCCCAUUUAACCAGUGGAUGCAGAAAAGUCUCUACUGUGAAGAGAAGUCCCACUGUACAUCAGCAAACCCAAACAGGAGAGAAAUCCUAUAUGUGCAGUGAGUGUGGAAAAGGCUUCACAGUGAGGCGCUAUCUGAUUGCACAUCAGCGAACUCACAGUGGAGAGAAACCUUAUGUGUGCAGUGAAUGUGGAAAAGGCUUCACCGUGAAGAGCAAUCUCAUUGUGCAUCAGCGCACUCACACAGGGGAGAAACCCUAUGUAUGCAGUGAGUGUGCGAAAGGCUUCACCAUGAAGCGCUAUCUUGUUGUACACCAGCGAACUCAUACUGGAGAGAAACCAUAUUUGUGCAGUGAAUGUGGGAAAGGCUUCACCGUGAAGAGUAAUCUCAUUGUACAUCAGCGAUCUCAUACAGGGGAGAAAUCUUACAUAUGCAGUGAAUGUGGGAAAGGCUUCACUGUGAAACGCACUCUCAUUAUACAUCAGCGAACUCACACGGGAGAGAAAUCUUACCUAUGUAACGAAUGCGGGAAAGGCUUCACCACAAAGCGCACUCUUGUUAUACAUCAGCGAACUCACACGGGAGAGAAACCCUAUGAAUGCAAUGAGUGUGGAAAAGCCUUCAGCCAGAAGAUAUGCCUCAUACAACAUGAGAGGUGUCAUACAGGAAAGACGCCCUUCGUAUGUACUGAGUGUGGAAAAUCCUAUUCCCACAAGUAUGGUCUCAUUACCCAUCAGAGAAUUCACACAGGAGAGAAACCCUAUGAGUGCAAUGAAUGUGGAAAAGCCUUCACCACGAAGUCAGUACUCAAUGUACAUCAAAGAACUCACACAGGAGAAAGACCAUAUGGAUGCAGUGAUUGUGAGAAAGCCUUCUCCCACUUGUCAAACCUUGUUAAACAUAAGAAAAUGCACAUAAGAGAAAUAGUAGAUUCGGUCAAGUUGGAAAUUCCUUUAACAGAGAGUCACAGUCGUUACUUACGAUUGAACAAGAGCCCCGUUAAUGCAGUGACUGGGGAAAUGCCUUCUGUGGCAGCUAAGACUUUGUUUAAACACCAGUGUUUCUAGCAGAGCAGAACGUAAUCAUGGUACUGCCUGUUAUCAGAUGUGUGCCCUGAGGAGAUGAAAGGAUUUUGCACAGGAGAUAAACCUGGUGAGUAUAGUGAAUGUGGUAGUGCCUUUAGUGAUCCUUACCUCACAUUUUCUGUCAAUGAAAACAUGUUGGAAAAACUCUGAUACAUUCAGUGUGGAGAUGCCUUGGGCAAAACUUUCUGACUUCAUUAUGUGUCUGAAAAGUAUAUAUUCUCCGACAAAUUCUGUGAAUGAAGAGACUAGGAAAGUCUUCAGAGGGAAAACAGACUUUAUUAUCAGGGAUCUUCACUGAUCAUCAGUGAGCUCAUUGUUCAUAGAAAUAUGAUUUUAAACAAAAAGAAGGAGAUAUGAUGACCACAGGAAUGUCUUUCCCCCAGAAAGAAGACCUCAAUGAGUGUCAGAGUUCACACUGGAGAAAAACUUUUUAAGAGGGUAGUAUAUAUGGCAGGAUUUCAGUGAUACAUUAUGCCUCAUCAUUUGUCAGGAAAUCAUAUAGAAAUUAAAACCUUUAUGAACAUGCUAAAGGUAGAGCAUCUCUAGUUAAAUAUCAGAGGACUUAAAAAGGAAUGAAGUUCUGUGAAAAUGAUAAAUGUUUGAGUGCUUUUUGUUACAAAUCUAACCUCAUCAUAUAUCAGAUCAUGCACCUGAAUCUCCUUUCUGGCCUUGUCAGUAAUUCCAUAGUUUUAAAAAGAAGUCUGCUUUUCUCGUCACUGAUUUUUAUUGUUAUAUACGAUGGAAGAGUGUUCUAUGUCUACCCUCAUAUGCAAUUAGCUCUUACUUUUCUUCGGCUAUAAACAUAAUUGUAAAUUUAGCAUACUGAAC